AUGGCGUUGAUAUUUACAACUAUAUGCUUCAUUAUUUUAGUUUGGACCACCAUUGCCUUUUGUUUGGUUGAAUGUUAUGGGUCUAGUCGAAAUGCAGAUCUCGUCCUUCAGACUAUUCACGGAGAUAUUUAUGAUUGUGUGGAUAUUUAUAAACAACCAACUCUUUUGCACCCGAUACCACACAAAGAAAGAAUCAAGAGGACAAUUGCUAAGGAGCUAGAAAAACAAAGAUCAGUCAAAGCCAAGCGAUUACAAAAGGAUGAAAAUAUUUAUUUUAAAGCAGAAGAGUUCUGGUUGAACAAAAAAGGUUGUCCGAUUGGAACGGUCCCUAUACGACGAAUGACACAAGAACAACUCCAAAGCGCAAAAGAUGCCUCCUUAAGCAUGGCAAAUGAAUCCCUCACUGAAGAUAUCAUCGAUUUUGCAGGAAUUAGCGUAAACGCAUCUCCAGAAAUAAAAAGUUUUACAAGUGUCUCAGCCACUGUUACUUUGUAUAAUCCACAACUAAAUGGACUUGGCCAAUAUAGUUCCGCAACAUUAUUUCUUCAAAGUGCGGAUAAUGUGGCGAAUUUUGAGCAAAUACAAGCCGGAUGGAUUGUACAUCCAAAACUAUACGGUGAUAACCGGACUCGGUUAUAUUCCCAUUGGACAACAGAUGGCAACCAAAAAACAGGAUGUUACAACAAUAUUUGUCCAGGAUUUGUUCAACUUGAUAAUGAAGUACCAAUAGAUUAUGCUUUCCCACAAAUCUCUAGGCCAUCGUAUGGUGACUAUGACAUGCAAUUUCAGAUCUACAAGGAUGAAGACUAUUAUCUUUUCUUGCAUUAUAUGUUUGUUAUUGGAUUUUGGCCGGAGACCAUUUUCAAUGAAUUAAGAAAUGGAUCGCAGACAAUACGAUAUGGAGGACAGGUGUAUACACCAGCGGGUGAACCAAGUCCACCCAUGGGAAAUAGUAAAUUUAAUGGUGGCGAUCCACACUACACUUGUUAUAUGCGUCAAGUCCUGUAUGGAGUGGGCGAUAAUCAAGAUGUUCAACCAGAUGAAUCGCUGGUUCAAACUCAUCAAUCUAGAUGUUACUAUGAAGGAAGUGAGCAUAAUGCUCGAGAUAGUUACUGGGAUUAUUAUUUUUUGUUUGGGGGUGCUGGUAAUUGCUAA